CCGCGCCCACGUUAAAGAGCCUGGAGAGCACGGGGAGGCAGCGCAGGCACCGACAGUGCGGCCCCAGAAUUGUUGCUGCUGCAGACACUCAAGGAUUGCCAAGCCAUGACUCUAGCCGCUUACAAAGAGAAGAUGAAGGAGCUGCCUCUCGUCUCCCUCUUCUGUUCCUGCUUCCUCUCAGACCCCCUGAACAAACCAGCAUACACGUAUGAAGCAGACACGGUAGACCUCACUUGGUGUGUCAUCUCCGACAUGGAAGUCAUCGAACUCAACAAGCGCACCUCGGGGCAAUCUUUCGAGGUCAUCCUGAAGCCCCCAUCAUUUGAUGGCAUUCCUGAGUUCAAUGCCUCACUGCCCCGGCGGCGCGACCCAUCUCUGGAGGAGAUCCAGAAGAAGCUAGAGGCAGCAGAGGAGAGGAGGAAGUACCAAGAGGCCGAGCUGUUGAAGCACCUGGCAGAGAAGCGGGAGCACGAGCGGGAGGUCAUCCAGAAGGCCAUUGAGGAGAACAACAACUUCAUCAAAAUGGCCAAGGAGAAGCUGGCGCAGAAGAUGGAGUCCAACAAAGAGAACCGUGAGGCCCAUUUAGCAGCCAUGCUGGAGCGCUUGCAGGAGAAGGUCUGCUCCCAACCUCCGCACGGAAGGUCCCACCCUCACCACCUCCAGCUCCCUCCAAACCAUUCCUUCUGCACGGAGCUCACCCAGUGCCCUUCUCCAAGCUCCUCAGCCAGCCUUGGGUCAGAGGCAGAGAGUACGAGAUAAUGGCGGACAAUCCGAGCUCGCCCCAUCUCCUCGGGGUUCCCGCUCCAUCUUGUCUGGUGGACGUCUACCUCCUAGAUAGAGGGCAAGGACAAUCGUUCUGUCUGUCCCUGAGUGCCUCCACCGUCCUUAAAACACCCUGGGGGAGGAGAGGAUGCUGUUGACCCACCGGUGUCCCCGCGGGGACGAACCUCGUGCCUUCGAAACCCCUGCGAAGCCGCCGUCCCGAAGUCGGGCGAUCUAACGCGUCCCUCCUUCCCUCCCACCUCCCCACAGGACAAACAUGCAGAAGAAGUGAGGAAAAACAAGGAGCUCAAGGAAGAGGCCUCCAGGUAA